AUGAUCAACAUCUUCAUUGUCCCGUGUAGCAGUAGAUAUGAUCAGCAUGACUGCAAGGACAUUCAUAUUUUCCGGAAUCCUUCACAAUUAAAUAAGCACUCCGUCCGUUCCGGAACCCUCCACAAGCACUCCGUCCGUUCCGGAACCCUCCACAAGCACUCCGUCCGUUCCGGAACCCUCCACAAGCACUCCGUCCGUUCCGGAACCCUCCACAAGCACUCCGUCCGUUCCGGAACCCUCCACAAGCACUCCGUCCGUUCCGGAACCCUCCACAAGCACUCCGUCCGUUCCGGAACCCUCCACAAGCACUCCGUCCGUUCCGGAACCCUCCACAAGCACUCCGUCCGUUCCGGAACCCUCCACAAGCACUCCGUCCGUUCCGGAACCCUCCACAAGCACUCCGUCCGUUCCGGAACCCUCCACAAGCACUCCGUCCGUUCCGGAACCCUCCACAAGCACUCCGUCCGUUCCGGAACCCUCCACAAGCACUCCGUCCGUUCCGGAACCCUCCACAAGCACUCCGUCCGUUCCGGAACCCUCCACAAGCACUCCGUCCGUUCCGGAACCCUCCACAAGCACUCCGUCCGUUCCGGAACCCUCCACAAGCACUCCGUCCGUUCCGGAACCCUCUACAAGCACUCCGUCCGUUCCGGAACCCUCCACAAGCACUCCGUCCGUUCCGGAACCCUCCACAAGCACUCCGUCCGUUCCGGAACCCUCCACAAGCACUCCGUCCGUUCCGGAACCCUCCACAAGCACUCCGUCCGUUCCGGAACCCUCCACAAGCACUCCGUCCGUUCCGGAACCCUCCACAAGCACUCCGUCCGUUCCGGAACCCUCCACAAGCACUCCGUCCGUUCCGGAACCCUCCACAAGCACUCCGUCCGUUCCGGAACCCUCCACAAGCACUCCGUCCGUUCCGGAACCCUCCACAAGCACUCCGUCCGUUCCGGAACCCUCCACAAGCACUCCGUCCGUUCCGGUGUCUGUCACUAG